GCUAACAUUCGUCAGUUGGAUGACAGUCUUGUUCUUCGAUCAGGACCUAGCUGAACAAAUUGCCUGAUCAUGCAGCUGGUGAUCCGCCGGUACCACCCCUCAGACAAGGACACGGUGCAGAGCCUGUUCAGCGCCGGCAUCAAGGAGCACAUCGGGCCAUGUUUUCAGAAAGCCAUGACUAGCUCUCUCUACCUCACUAUCACCGUGUCUCUGGGGUUGGUAGGCUACCUCCUUGGCUCGUUGCUCUUAGCGUUACUGCUGCCAGCAGCCUGGGUGGGCCUCAUCUACUGCUGUAGCCACGAGUUAUAUGCCGGGUAUGUCGCAGAGAGACUUCGGACAGACAUGAAGGACAUUGUCGGGAACUACCUGAGCAGGCCGGAUGACUGUUUCUGGGUGGCCGAGGCUGAAGUCGACGGGGCAUCGCAAGUCAUUGGCAUGGUGGCUGUGAUGUGUAUAGAUAGUGGGAAUGAGAAGCAUGGGGAAAUGUUCAGAAUGAUCAUCUCACCAAAGUCCAGGCGGAUGGGACUGGGCCGCAGGUUGACUCAGACUGUGAUUGAUUUCUGUAAGGAGCGAGGCUUCUCCAAAGUGGUGCUGGAUACGACCUCCACCCAGAUGGCGGCUGUGGCUUUGUACAAAAAGCUGGGAUUUAAAGUUGUUGCCUCACACAGAGAAGCACACACUCCCUCGUGGCUGGUUUUGUUGGUCCAAGUCACAAUUUUAAAAAUGGAAAAACUUUUAUAAAGCUAAAUCAGUCUAGGUUUUGCUUCUCUGUCUUACUUUGUGUUUCAUAAAUGAAACUCUUUUAUAGUGGAAAAGUUUACGACUUAAAGACACUGCUUACUUAUAAGCCAAUCCAAAACAAGCUUCUGUGGUCGAGAGGGGACCAAAUUUAUUUUGAGUGAUCUAUGAUAUCAAAAUAAAA